CGUCAGAAACCCGGAUGUGGCUUCUCUUGGGAGGCGGAGUACCAUAGAGGAGGAAAAACAGCGCUAGGUGCGGGAGGCCCUGAGCUCCCCGCCGGCAGGUAGGAGCCCAACUGGGUGGUGCUCACGCGCUUCUCUGUCGCCCGGGGGCGGGCACGUGGGGGCGGCCCCGCAGGCGGGGGCCCGGGAGCGUCUGCUCUGCCCAGAGCCCUCCCGCCCCGCUCUAAGGCCCUGCCCAGGCCCUUUCUCCUUCCCCGCCCCGCUUGUCCCCGCAGCGCGUGGUGGGGCCGGGCCGCGCUCGGCGGGUGGCAUGGCAGCCGAGGUGAAGGUGACGGGGCAGAGCCAGGAGCAGCUCCUGUUGCUGGCCCGGUCGGCUCGCGGGGCGGCCCUGGUCAGCCUCAUCCACCAGGUGCUGGAGGCGCCCGGCAUCUACGUCUUCGGGGAGCUGCUGGAUCUGCCCAACGUCCGAGAGCUGGCUGAGAAUGAGUUCUCCUCCGUCUUCCGUCUGCUCACCCUCUUCGCAUACGGGACAUAUGCUGAUUAUUUAUCUGAAGCUGGGAACCUCCCUCCAUUGAGCGAGGCUCAGAAGAACAAGCUGAGGCACCUGUCAGUGGUCACUCUGGCUGCCAAGAUCAAGUGCAUCCCCUAUGCAGUGCUGCUGGAACAGUUGCAGCUGAAGAAUGUGCGGCAGCUGGAAGACCUAGUGAUUGAGGCCGUGUAUGCAGACGUGCUGCGUGGGAGCCUGGACCAGCGUAAUCAGCGUCUUGAGGUCGAUUACAGUAUCGGGCGAGACAUCCGCAGGGAGGAGCUAAGCACCAUCACCCGCACAUUGCAGGAGUGGUGCCUAGGCUGUGAGGUUGUCCUGUCGGGGAUUGAGGAGCAGGUUAGCCGAGCCAACCAACAUAAAGAGCAACAGCUGGGCCUAAAGCAGCAGAUAGAGAGUGAGGUGGCAAAUCUGAAGAAGACAAUUAAAGUGACGACAGCAGCAGCUGCAGCAGCCACAUCUCAGGAUCCAGAGCAACAUCUGACAGAGCUCAGGGAGCCAGCUCCUGGCACCAACCAGCGCCAGACCAGCAAGAAAGCUUCUAAAGCCAAAGGGCUCCGGGGCAGCGCAAAGAUCUGGUCUAAAUCAAACUAGCUGGAUCUCUGAACUCCUGGGAGGGUGAGAGGGAGAAAGCAGGGUUAAAAAGCAGGUGUCCUGAGAGUGACACUUCUCUACUCAUCCCCAGCAUCUGUCUGUCCAACUAGUUCUUCUGCACGUUCGUUCUUUCCCAUCUGCUCUAUGCUUCCCUCUCUCCUCCAUCCCCUAGCAAUCUCUCCCAUUCCUCUGUUGCCAUCUCUUACCACCUCAGCUCUUCUGUUCCACGUCUCUCUUGCCCUGUCCUUUGACAGGUAAAUUUAAAGAGCCAUAGGACUAACUCCGUUUCAGUCACUUUAGCACCAGAAUAUCAUGGAAGCCUGGAAGGAACUUGUACUGGUGCUCAGCAGCCAUUUUGGCUCUGUGGGAUCCUGGAACAAUUUUGCUCCAGAGUGUAGCUGCCAUCUUGAUUUUGUUCUUUGUUUUGCUGGGUGGGGAUGGGUGGUUUUUGUGGGGGAUUGUUUAAAGAAAUAUAUAUAUAUAUAUAUAAUCUACAUAUAUAUUAAAAAAAAACAAUAAAAGGUAGAUCUGUGCACAUAUCUAUAUAAACUUUC